GGUGACAUUCAGGGAUGUUGUCAUUAACUUCUCUGAGGAGGAGUGGGAAUAUCUGGAUUCUGCUCAGAGGGACUUGUACUGGGAUGUGAUGAUGGAAAACUACAGCAAUUUAGUCUCACUGGAUUUGGAGUCCAGGUGUGAGGCAAAGAGUUUAUCUGGAGGAAAGGACAUUAUUGAAAACAAUGGUUCUCAGUGGGAGUUAAUGGAAAGUAGCAAGUUCUUUGGCCUUCAAAGCUCCAUUUGCAGAAAUAAUGGGCAGAGCAAAGACAAGAUUGAAGUACAAGGACCUCAAGUGGGAUAUUUCAGUGAAAUGAAAAUCACUUCCAAAAAAGUGCCCAAUUGCAACAAUCAUGAAUCUCUUAAAUUACCUCAGAGAACUCAUGGCAGUGAGAAGCCCUAUGAAUAUAAGGAAUAUGAGAAAGUCUUCAUUUGUGACUCUAACUUUGAUGAAUAUCAGCGAAUACAUGCUGGUGAGAAAGCCUAUGAAUAUAAUGAAUGUUGGAAAACCUUCGGGAUAGAUAACUCACAUACGCUACAACUCGAUAUUCAUACUGGUGUGAAACCGUGUAAAUAUAUGGAAUAUGGGAAUACAUUUACUUUUUAUAAAGACCUUAGUAUACACCAGAAAAUUCAUGAUGAGAAGUUCUAUAAAUGUAAGGAAUAUGGAAGAACCUUUGGAAUAAUUGGAAAAGUUACUCCACUUCAAAGAAACGAUGGUGAGAAGCCCUAUGAAUGCACAUACUGUAGGAAAUCCUUUAGAGUGCAUGCACAACUUACUCGACAUCAGAAAAUCCAUACUGAUGAGAAAUCCUACAAAUGUAUAGAAUGUGGCAAGGACUUUAGAUUUCAUUCACAGCUCACUGAACAUCAGAGAAUACAUACUGGUGAGAAACCCUACAAAUGCAUACACUGUGAGAAGGGUUUUAGAAUUAGUUCACAGCUCACUGAACAUCAGCGAAUUCAUACAGGGGAGAAACCUUAUGCAUGUAAGGAAUGUGGGAAGGCUUUUGGAGUCUGUAGAGAACUUGCUCGACAUCAGAGAAUUCACACUGGGAAGAAACCCUAUGAAUGCAAAGCAUGUGGAAAGGUCUUUAGAAAUAGUUCAUCCCUGACUAGACAUCAGAGAAUUCACACUGGUGAGAAACCCUAUAAAUGUAAAGAAUGUGAGAAAGCAUUUGGAGUAGGUAGUGAACUUACUCGACAUCAGAGAAUUCACAGUGGUCAGAAACCUUAUGAAUGUAAGGAGUGUGGAAAGUUCUUUAGACUUAGUUCAGCCCUUAUUCAACAUCAGAGAAUUCACAGUGGUGAGAAACCUUAUGACUGUAAGGUGUGUGGGAAGGCCUUUAGACACAGUUCAGCCCUUACUGAACAUCAGAGAAUUCAUACUGGAGAAAAACCUUAUGAAUGCAAGGCAUGUGGGAAGGCCUUUAGACAUAGUUCAUCCUUUACUAAACAUCAGAAAAUUCAUAAUGGUGAGACACCCUAUGAAUGUAAGGAUUGUGGGAAUGCCUUAAGUGUGGCUGGGCACCUUACUUGACAUCAGAAGAUUUAUACUG